AGCUUACGUCACUCAAGCUUUGUAGCAAGCUUGGUUGAAGUGUGGCGGUUGUUGAUGUGUAGCUGUCAGAAGUCAGAUAACGCAGAAGGAGAAGUAGCAGGAGGUCAAGAUGCAGUUCCUGGGCCGGCUGUUGGACACAGUGUCCUCUGUGUCAACCCUCUUCACCAACCCCUACAGGGUCCGGGAUGUGCCGCUGGCGGACUACGGUGGUGGAGGAAAAGUCCUGCUGAAAGAAGAGGGACGAAUUCUCCUGUACAAAAACACCCAGUGCCAGUCAUGGGACUGUCUGCUUAUGUGCCCUGAGACACCUGCAAUGACUUUGAGGCUGUUUCAGGUGCUAUCAGAGGAGGACGCCAUGAACUGGUUUCCACAAUUUGCUCUCAAGCUACGUCCUUUCUACGAGACACUCCCUCUGAAGGCAGAGAACACGCAGCCAAUCGUGGACUGCAUCCGCAACCAUCCAGACUGGAGCUCCGCCCACAUUGCUGUUGAUACAGGCCUGAGAGAGUGCCUCAAACAUAACCACGUCCAGAGUCAGAUCAAUGCCAGGGAUGCUUCAGGUCAGACACCGCUGCACCUGGCAUGUGAACGUGGCGACUCGAUGUGUGUGACGGAGCUGCUGGAGGAAAGCCAGGCUCGCACCGACAUCAAAGACCGUAAUGGAGACACGCCAAUGCACUGUGCCGCCAAGCAGGACUCUCCUGCCAUCAUUCAGGUCCUCUGCUCCCGGCUCUGCUCAGGUGUAAACGAGCUGAACAGCCAUGGGGAGACGCCGCUCCACGUUGCCUGUCGUUUGGGACGUGUGGAGUCCGUCAAAGCUCUCUUAGGGGGUGGGGCCAAGUGUGAUGUCAUUGGUAGCGCCGGCUACCCCAUCCACUGUGCAAUGAAGUACAGUGAGAAGGGCUGUGUGGAGGAGAUCCUCAAAGCAGACCCAGGCCAGCUCCAGGCUGAGGACUCUAUGUAUGGAGGGACACCUCUCCACUGGACCAAAACAGCAGAGAUGUGUCGUUUGCUGCUUGAACACGGCUGUGCAGUGAACUACCUCAGUAAGACCGGGGAGAGCGCCCUUCACAUUCUGACCAAGAAGGGACGCUUUGAGGCGGCCAUGGUGCUGCUCACACACGGCGCCAACGCCAACCUGAAGGGCCAGGAUGGAAACACAGCUCUGCACCUAGCUAUGAAGAUGGACCACAUAGAGUUGAUCAAAGCCUUGAUUGUGUUCGGGGCUGAUGUUGAAAUUCACAACGACCUGGGAGAAACACCAGGACUCAUCGCGGCUCGCACAAGCAAAGGUCCUAAUAGAAAGAUACUGCUGGACAUGCUGUGUAGUGUAGGGGUCCAGCGCUGCCUCCCACCUUCCCCUGGCAGUCCUCCCCCAAUCUCCUACACAGCCAAGCCUGCAGCCAUAGGGUUUGAUGACAUCAUGUUUAUGGGGGCUGCAGUCAGUGCAAUGAGCAGAGGCACCACUGAAAUGGAUGGCACCAAAAUGGAAGGAAAGAAGAUUGACAGACUGCUGUGUCUUGAUGGUGGGGGUAUAAAAGGCUUAGUGUUGAUCCAGAUGUUGAUCGCUCUGGAGAGAGAGGCUGGGCGGCCGACCAGAGAGCUCUUCGACUGGGUGGCCGGCACCAGCACUGGAGGCAUCCUGGCUCUAGCUAUAGUCCACGGUAAGUCCAUGGAGUACCUGCGCUGCCUCUACUUUAGGAUGAAGGAGCAGGUGUUCAAGGGGUCGCGACCUUAUGAGUCAGCCCCACUGGAGGACUUCCUGAAAAAAGAGUUUGGAGAGAAUACCAAAAUGGCAGACGUCCAAUACCCCAGAGUGAUGGUGACCAGCGUUCUCGCCGACAGACACCCAGGCGAGCUUCACAUCUUCAGGAACUACAACCCUCCCUCCAUCCACAGAGUACCCCCAUAUGCCACCAGUGCCACGUUCAUGCCCCUCACCAUCCCACAAGAACAACUUGUGUGGCGAGCUGCCCGCUCCAGCGGCGCUGCCCCAACCUACUUUCGACCAAUGGGCCGCUUUCUGGAUGGGGGACUGCUGGCUAACAAUCCUACACUAGACGCCAUGUCAGAAAUCCAUCAGUACAAUAAAGCGUUAAAAGCAGAGGGCAAAGAGAGGGAUAUCAAGAAGUUGGGUAUAGUGGUCUCCCUCGGUACAGGUAAACCUCCUCAGGUGGUGGUGAACUCUGUGGAUGUCUUCAGACCCUCCAACCCUCUGGAGCUGGCCAAGAGCUUCGUAGGCGCCAAAGAGCUGGGCAAGAUGCUUGUGGACUGCUGUACAGACUCUGAUGGAUGUGCAGUGGACAGAGCCAGUGCCUGGUGUGAAAUGAUCGACACAAUCUACCACAGAUUGAGCCCUCAGUUGUCUCAGGAGGUGAUGCUCGAUGAGGUGAGUGACGCAGUCCUGGUGGACAUGCUGUGGGAAACCCAGAUGUACCUGUACGAGAAGAGGGAAAACCUCCAAACUCUGGCAAAGCUGCUGCUGAACGAAUGAAAGGACAAGAAAGAAAAGCGUCACCAGAACAGACUGCGUAGAUGGGACUAUGGAAGCAAGAGCGGGUGGAGAAAUAUGAGUGAAUCGGAGAGUUCCACGUGUAGUCAAAGACAGGAAUGUUUAACAAAGAGGCACAAAGAUUCAUGAGCUAUGUGUUUGAUUCAAGACUGUAACAUAUGUGUGGGUGUGCUCUCUCUAUAGAAUCUUUAAGGUGACAUUUAAGCCAACAUGACAGUAGCAAAAACAUGAAACAAGCAAACAAAAGAACUGACAUAAAAUUACUGACUUUAACAUAGCCUAUUGAAAGGCAAGUUGUGAAGCAUUAUGUGACCUUAUUACUGACUACAUUACUUUCAUUUUUCUUACAGUUUACUGUUUAAACAUCAACUCUUGAAGGACACAGAGUUGAGUUUUCAAAACUCAUGUUGGAGGAAGUGGUUUCAACCAAAUUAGAAGAAAAGUAUCCCAGGCUGACUGAAACUGCUAGAUGUCACCAUUCCCCUUCUCAUUUCAACUUUUCUUGUUCUUCUUUCAACAAGUAGCUACAGAGACGCUUCAUAAAAUAAUCUAUAAACUGACUUUUUCUGUUAGGCCACAUGAUCUAAGGGACCCUGCAGCAACAUCUAGAGCAGAUUGGAUGAUGGUGAUAAAUGACAGACCAUGCUGCCUUAUGUGUCUGGGACCAUAAUUUGUACUCUUUCCUGUCUCGUACUCUCUCUUGAACACAUUUUCAUGCCUCACUUUCUGAGUUACUCAUACUGACUAUAACACAAUGUUUUACUUCACACCCAGUGAUAACUUUCUUGCACUGUUCUAACCAAUCAUUGUCUCUGUCCGUCAAAGUGUUUUAGCACUCUUCUUUAACAUGCACUGUCACAACUGGGCUUGAAUCUUGACUUGAAAUGUCACAUUACUUGAAAGACAAAGAAUCAGAAGGUCCACUGCUACUUGCACAACAUAAACUGGAGGUUGCAAAUAAUUUCAUGUGUUUUUUUUUUUUUAAUUAUUGAAGUGUAUACUAGUGGUAACACAAUAAAAUAUAUUCAUGUGGA